CAUGGCAAGUUAUAUCAUUCUGUCGGUCAGGGAAGUGGCCUAACUUUUCGAAGCAGGUGUCUUUAGAAGAGCUCUUUGGAUGCUUGAGGAGGGGGAAUUUGACAUACUGAAUUUCCCUCGUUUCCUCAUUGCGUGCAAAACUUUUAGAUGUUCGCAAAAAUGGUUUCCAAGUUAACAUCUUUGCAACAAGAGCUUUUGAGCGCUUUAUUAGACUCAGGAGUUACCAAAAAUGUGCUUCUUCAAGCUUUGGAUGACCUGGAUCCAAGCACGAGCGGGUUUGGAAUUAAGCUGGAUAGUCUUCAGAUGUCACCUUCCAGUUCCAAAAUGAAUGGGAGUGAUACGGAUACAAAGCCUGUUUUUCACACGCUGACAAAUGGACACAGUAAAGGGAAGUUAUCAGGGGACGAGGGCUCGGAGGACGGGGAUGAUUACGAUACACCGGCAAUAUUGAAAGAGCUGCAGUCUCAAAACACAGAAGAGGCCGCAGAACAGAGGGCAGAAAUUGAGCGAAUGUUGGCCGAGGACCCUUGGCGCGCGGCCCGUAUGAUUAAAGGUUACAUGCAGCAGCACAAUAUACCGCAGCGCGAGGUGGUGGACGUCACGGGACUCAACCAGUCGCACCUGUCGCAACACCUCAAUAAAGGCACACCUAUGAAAACGCAGAAGCGCGCGGCACUCUACACCUGGUACGUCAGGAAACAGCGCGAGAUUUUGCGACAAUUCAACCAGACGUCACAAGGAUCUGUCAACAACAUGUCGGACAAAGCCAAUCAAGAUCAAGUGCUACUCUUCUUCUCUGAGUUUGGUCAAUCUGGGCAGAGUAUGGGCCAACCAGCAGAAGAUGCUGCCAUUGAACCCGCUUGCAAAAAGCUCAGACGCAAUCGGUUCAAAUGGGGGCCUGCAUCCCAACAGAUCCUCUACCAGGCUUACGAAAGGCAAAAGAACCCCAGCAAAGAGGAGAGAGAGGCACUGGUGGAGGAAUGUAACCGGGCUGAGUGCAUCCAGAGAGGAGUAUCACCAUCCAAAGCUCAUGGUCUUGGCUCCAACCUGGUCACAGAGGUGCGAGUCUACAACUGGUUUGCCAACAGAAGAAAAGAAGAAGCAUUCAGACAAAAGUUGGCUAUGGACGCCUACACAGGGCCAACGCACAGCCUCAACUCCCUCCUCUCUCACAGUUCUCCUCAUCACCCACAGGCCAGCAGCUCCCCACCAAGCAAGAUGCAAGGUGUCAGGUACAGCCAGCAGGGUCCCGGUGAAGUCAGUUCUUCCACGACCAUCAAUCACCACGCCAGCAACGGCAUGGCAACCAGCCAGUCAGUGUUACAGCAAGUCUCUCCGGGGGCCCUGGACCCCAGCCACAGCCUCCUGUCACCUGACGCCAAGAUGAUAUCGGUAUCGGGUGGAGGUCUUCCUCCAGUCAGCACCCUAACCAACAUCCAUGCAUCCCACCAUGCACACCAACAGACCCCCAACCUAAUAAUGCCUCUCUCUGGGGUCAUGGCCAUCGCACAGAGUUUAAACACAUCGCAGGCGCAGACGGUUCCCGUCAUCAACAGCGUCGCAGGCAGUCUGGCAGCGCUGCAGCCCGUGCAGUUCUCGCAGCAGCUAAACAGCCCACAUCAACAGCUCAUGCAACAGUCGCCAAGCCACAUGAGCCAGCAGCCCUUCAUGGCAUCCGUCUCGCACUCGCACAUGUACUCGCACAAGCAGGAGCCACCUCAGUAUUCUCACCCGUCUCGAUUUCCCCCAAUGGUGGUGACGGACGCCAACAGCCUCAGUACGCUGAGCUCAAUGUCCUCCAGCAAACAGGAUGCUCCUGUAAACAGGAUGGUGCAACUGGGGGGUCUCUCUUGGUGUCCACUGCAGGCCUGGUAAGCAUGCGCAGCUGAUUUCUUCGACACCUGGCAACAGGAGCACGUCCUACCCAUUCCCCCUCAUCACGCCUGUAUCCGUGGCAACUCUAGUGGCGCAAUGGACGAUGAGUUAGUCAAUAAACAGAGGACUGAGGUGCAACUGAUCUAUGCAUGUGAAAAAAACACAGACAAUGUCAGGUUGUUUUGUUCCAUCACCAAGUGUGAAGAAAACUUACAAGGGUGAAACCAUUUUAAGCCCAAACAUCAGUGGCACGGACAAAUCAUAUCAGUUAACGUCUCUGAAGAACAAAUGGAUGGAAAUGAGAUGGUGUGAUAAAGCUACAGAUGCAAACAGAAACAGGGUUGCAAUGGACAACCACCUGGAUGGAUGGCACGAUUGCUUUUCUCUGACAUUUACUAGAAAAAGAGCACAAGUACACGUCCAUGUAUUUCUGAACGUGCUCGAUGAAGACCUCGAUACAAUGACAAUCAAAAGAUGUUAACCUACGAUAUAAGCAACUGUGGGGUUUAAUGUAAUGAUACAAAGAAGUCUUCCAAUGCAUAGACAAUGUGUACAGCUGUAUGUAAAUAGAAGCGAUUAUUAUAUCAUUAUUAUUUCAUCGGUCUGAAGGAUGUAAAUAUUUAAUAGUCCACAUGGUUUGUUGUUUUAUUCGUCUUUGUAACCUGUGAUUCAGUGACAAUCUUUAUAAGUGUAGGACUAUGCAAUGUGUCGGAGAACGCCGUUUAGAUUUCACGAUUUUGAAGUGACAUUUCAAGUAAUGCAGAUCUAUUUUUGACUUGGUAACUGGCAAAUCUCAAAAUUGAGAUAAAACACUGGAUCUAUUGAUCCCUCCCUAUCUUUAUAAAAUAGAUACAUACUGAGUAUUGGCAUAAGUGUCGUCAGAUAGAUAAGAGUGACUUUUCAGUGCCAGCAUUUAGGUGGUAAAAUUCCAAAUCCUUAUCCGAGGAAUACUGGAUUGACUAGGAGAGAUGGGUCGAUGGGAGAAACAGAUAACCCGUCCGCAAACCCAUUGAUAACAGCAGUGAAUAAUGAUGUGCCUUUCUAAUCUAAAUAUUAACCUACAAUCAAGCCUUCAUUGUCAGGAGUAUAUGAAAAAAACUCAUGUUGAAAUGAUGUCAUGUGAUGUAAUCAUGAAGUUGUCAGGCUUGUUUGACUUCAUGCGGCGCUGCAAGAACCGACAACCGGAUGACGUCAAAGUUCCGCGAGAGGGAUUUAAAAGCAGACGACUCUGUAUGAUUUCGCGAAUCGCUCUCGCGGUACUAUGACGUCGCAUGAAGUCGAACAAGCCUAUGCCAUUUCAAACAGUAUUACCUGCUUACAAAACUCUGAGCUACCAGGAAACAUUGUGGGUGUUGGCCUUGUGCUUUUUUGACACUUGAAACCAUUUUUUUAGACUUUGUGACAACUGAAUUUUGAAAUUGUCAUUUUGAUUAACUGAAGAUACACAUCUCUUGUCCCAUUUGAGAGUUGAAUACUUUUCAAAAGGUCACUUCUGUGUUUUAUUGUUGUAAUGUUGACUAUGAACCCACUGCCAGUCAACAUUUAGUUACAGUGCUGUUUUGUCCUGGAUUCUCUCCGCAUUGUAUUAUUUUUGUAUAAAAUGAAAUCAAUCUUUUUAAAUCAUUAUUUAUGCCUUACAGGAAAAAAAGUUAAUGUUGAAGUAAAGUUUUUUUCUCAAGAUUGAAAAUAA